AUGUCUUCUUUGUUUCAGGAAGUGCCAUUGCGGAAAGUGAUUGCAGACAAGACAUAAAAAAUAGCCAUUCUAGUGAUGAUGCUAAAGGACAUAUAAAGAGAGGAGGAGGAGAUUUUGAAAUAAUUUAACAAAAUGACUAAAGAUGCUCGGACGAUCAAAGAACUUUAUGAGAUCAUGGAAAUGAUUAACUAUGAGAUGAGUGUGAGAAAUGAUGACAAAAUGAUGAUCUUAGAUGAAAUCACUCAUCAGGAAGAGCUUCUACUGACAGAGUAAGAGAGUCUACAGAAACAAAUGAGUACCUUAUCCAAAGAUCUAGAGACAUCAGAGAAGUUUUAGCAAACUCGAUCUUUACGUCAAACUGGGAGAUUCUUACAAUUCAAUCACAGCAAUCACAAUAUGAAUGUUGAAUCCAAAAGUCUUCAAUCGAACAUCAUCACAAGUUACGACUUCGAAGAGUAAUCCAAAUUGAAUGACAAAAUCCAAGAAAACAUAUUCAACGACCCAAUCAAAUACAAUACUCAAGAAGGAAUCGAUGAAACACAAGUUUACGAUUGGAUCCUCGAUAUUGAUCUCAUAAACAAUGUUCAAUAAGGCUGGACAGUCUAUAUAAGCAAACAGUUCGAGGCCAAUUAAGAAUUGGUUGGAUUAGCCAAUAACGAUACUAAAGCCCAAAUCAAAUGGGAAGGUGCUACGGUUGCCGUUGUAGGAUUGUACGACAAGGGUAAGACCUUUGUUUUGAACAACCUCACCCAGUCCAAUUUGCCAUCCGGGAAAAAGGUUACGACCAAAGGAAUUUCAUUUAAACACGUCGAUGUCGAUUCAGGUACCUAAUUGAUUUUAGUUGAUACUGCUGGAAGUUACUCACCAGUUAAAAUUCAAUCAGCUAUGAGCAUUGUCGAAAAGGAAGCAACUGAACACUUCAUUAUCGAUCUAGUGUUCGAAUUAAGCGAUUAUUUCAUUUGCGUUGUAAAUGAUUUCACAUCCCUUGAUCAGAGAUAUCUAGACAGAUUAUCAAGGUAUAUCUAAAAUAGUUCGAAAACAUUCAGAGAAAUAAUCGUGGUUCACAAUCUGAAGGAAAUUGAAACUGCUGAGAUAUUGCAGCAUGUUUGGACAACCCAAGUGACUUAGAUCUACUCAACUGGAGGCUCUAUCUAAAGGACUAAGAUUGCAGCAACCAACCCAAGAAUAAAUGAAUUGCAAGAAAAACAUGUUCUUUGGUUCAAAACACAAUACACACGACAUGUUUGUUUAGUCAGUGACGAUAGUCAAUUGGGAUUGGAUGUGAAUCCUUGGGUCUUCUCUUUGUUGAAGUAUUGGCUAAAGGCAGUCUUUGUCCCAGUUAAUAGACAAUUCUCUGUUUGUGAAAAUAUCCUCCAAUAUGCCACUAGUAAACUUACACAGUAUUUCAAAAGGGAAGUCAAUGUUAAAUUAAUUGAUACUGAUAAUUAAUUUGUUAAGAAAAUUGUUUAAAUGGAGGCUGAUUUACAAGAUGGAGAACUGAAGAUUCCUCAAACAAAUAUUGAUCAAUCAGGACUCAUAUUAGCCAGACCUGAUUCAUUUGCACCUGCUACUGAUAUUAUUGCUAAUGAUAAAUACAUUAUUUAUAUGGAUGUCCCAGGAAUCAAUGAAGAAGAUAUUGAAAUGUAUAGAUAGAAUGUAGUUACAAUCGUCAAGGGCAAUAGAAAGAAACCCUAUUAAGAGGAGCAAAGUGAUCAUAUCAAGAAAUAAGAGAGGAAAUAUGGAGAAUUCACUCUGAGUUUCAGGAUUCCUGAAAACUUUGAAAGGAAGUGGAAACACUUUGGAAUUGAAAAUGGAGUAUUGAAAAUCGUAUACGAAAAAGACAAAGAUGAUAUCGUUCCGAACAAAUUUGUUAAUUAAGCAUAAUGA